UGCAAUUUUCCUUUUUUUUAGUUUUCUGAAAUACACAUUGCAUUUACAUUAUAUUAAAAAUUUAUUCUUAUAAAAAAAUUUGUCCCGAGAACUUGCAAAUAAUAAGUUAAAUCCCGAAAUUUACAGAGUUAUGUGAAUGAUAAGUCAUUACAUAAUAGCGUAUUCCAGCGAGAUCCGUCUGAAAUUGCAAUUGUAUUUUCUUCCCCAAACAUUAUCAUCUUUGCACUGUUGACCACCCGCAGUCUCUUCUUCUUCUGCUCGUGAUCGAUCUCUUUCUUCUCUGGCGAUAUCUACUCGGCAGUUCUAAGUGGGACUCAAAUCGCAAUUGAAUUUUUGGGCCGAGAGUUUUGUUCUUGACACAGUUGACCCCACAUUCUUCUUGUUCUGAAUUUCGUCGUGAUCACCUUCCUCUAAGUAGCUUGGCAAAAUGUCUGGGCAAAGUCAACGUUUGAAUGUUGUCCCCACAGUUACGAUGCUUGGAGUUAUUAAAGCUCGCCUAGUUGGAGCAACAAGAGGCCAUGCUUUGCUGAAAAAGAAAAGUGAUGCUUUGACUGUGCAGUUCCGUCAGAUUCUAAAGAAAAUAGUAUCAACAAAGGAAUCAAUGGGAGAUGUCAUGAAAAAUUCCUCCUUUGCUCUGACAGAGGCAAAAUAUUCUGCUGGUGAGAACAUCAAGCACGUUGUCCUUGAAAAUGUCCAGAAUGCGACUCUUAAAGUUCGAUCUAGACAGGAAAAUAUUGCUGGGGUGAAGCUCCCCAAGUUUGAGCAUUUCUCUGAAGGAGAAACCAAGAAUGACCUGACUGGAUUAGCUAGAGGAGGGCAACAGGUACAAGCCUGCCGUGCUGCUUAUGUGAAAUCUAUUGAAUUGCUUGUUGAGCUUGCUUCGCUGCAAACAUCAUUCUUGACUCUCGAUGAGGCAAUAAAAACCACAAAUCGUAGGGUCAAUGCCUUGGAGAAUGUUGUAAAGCCUCGGUUGGAGAAUACAGUUAUUUACAUCAAGGGGGAACUUGAUGAAUUAGAAAGGGAAGACUUCUUCCGUCUGAAGAAAAUACAAGGUUACAAGAAGAGGGAAGUAGAGAAACAGGCGGCCUCUGCCAAGCUAUAUGCAGAGGAGAAGGCUGCUGAAGAAAUUUCUUUGAGGGAAGGUAUUUCACUUGGUUCAGCCCAUAACUUAUUGUCUCACUCUUCGCAGAGAGAUGAGGACAUUAUUUUCUGAUUUGGAGGUCAGUUUUUUAUACAAGUUGUCUGUAUUAUCUAUUAUGAGAUGGAGGAUUUUUUCCUGUUGAAUAAGAGUUCCUGUGCAUGUUGUACCUAAUGAACUCUAUCGGAAUCUGCCUUAUUGGCUAGUUUGUGUGCUUUUUUCAUUUUUUGAUUCGGUAAACAUCCUUGUCGUUUGUUUCCUGAAGAGCUGUUUGUUGGAAAUUUUAGUUUUGCUCAUAUUGUGGACAA